AUGGAGGACUUUCAGAUGCCUGAGGAUCUGGGCAACUUGUCGUCCUUGCAGGUCGAGAAAGCGGGCCGGUUCUGCGCCUCGCCGGACCUCCCAAGCUUGGCAGACAAGACUCCGGACAGGCUGAACGACCUCUUGGAUAGCUUGAGCGCACGGCUCACUGAAGGCGACGCCGACGCACUCUCGAAGCAGGAGAACUUCGAUCACUUGUUUUCGCUCGUCCGCGACUUCAAGCACCUGCGCAGCGAGAUCAAGGGGAGAGUUUUGAGCGUCCUUCACGACACGGUGCAGAAAACCGUGUCCGCGCUGGAAAAGAGAGGCCGCAGGGGUAACGGGAGGAGCGGCGGGCGCGGACGGGGAUCUGUUGAGGGAGACGGGGGGGAGGGCAGCAGCCAGCAGCAGCAGCAGCAGCAGCAGCAGCAGCACGGACAAGCGGAACUGCCGCUGCGAAACGCUUUCAAGAUGUCUGUGUACCUGCUGUACUCCGCGGCCUUCCCGUCGGAAGAGUGCUACUCGAGCGCCAAGCAGAUACUGCGGUAUUCGUCGUGCCCAAUGUACGUAAGUACCAAUUUAAUUUACUUGGCCACGUGGAGCGAGGCGACUCAUGCGCAUGCUUCACCAUCACUCACCAACUCCAUCCGUUCUACAUACGUCCGCCGGCUGAACCGAAAGACGGCGGGCCUGACCAAGCAGCCCGCCAAGGGAAAGGGCAGCCGCGGCGGCGGCGGAGGGAGCAGGAAAUCUUCGCCCGACAGCGGCUCGUUCAAGUGGGAGACCGCGCGGCAGGCCGUGCUGGAGAGCAUGCGGCUCGCGCUGACGGUGGACUCGUCCCGCCUGUGGCGGCAGGGCAUCCCGGACCGCUCCUUCAUGAGCCUGUUCCUCCGCCUCUCCUGCAAGAUGCUAGAGCUGCCGGAGACGUCCAGGGGCGGCUCCCGGCAGGCGGAGCUCGCGUCGCAGCUCAUCGCGAAGCCGUUCCAACUGGUGCAGGGCAUGGAGACGGAGGUGACCGCGGCGGUGUUCCUGCUGGUGAGGGAGUGCAAGCACCUCGCCGACUUCGUGGCCAGGCUGUGUUGGCGCCUCGUGGAGAGGCACGGCGACUCGCGACUAGGGGCGGAGCUAGCGCGGGAGGUUGGGCGCAUGGAGAUGCCCGAUAUCAACAGCAAAAACACGGCCGCCGCGGCUCCGGUGAUCAACGUCUCCGAGUUCCUCCACAAGCUGGCGGAGGUCCUGCCGGGCACCGUGCACGCCCACGCGAGCGUGCUGCUCCCUCACCUCAGCAGCCGGCCUUACCAGAUCCGCCAGGCGGUCGUCUUAAGCCUCGCCGAGGUGGUUACCGCCGCCCACGAGGAUAAGGCGGCGUCGGAGUGUGGCGCGGACGGAGGGGCGGCGGCCGAGGGCGCAGCGGCGGCCGGCCGCGGCAGCAACGGGGGAGAGGAUGAGAGCCAGGUGCAGGCAGACCCUCGGCGUGUCCGCAUAAAAGACCGCAACCGGGAUGCCCUCCUCGACCAGCUGGUUGAGCGCGCUCUGGACGUUUCGCCCUACGUGCGGGUUGCGGUGCUUCGAUCCUGGGGGAGGAUCGCUGAGCGCGGGGCUCUCCCUCGCAAGCGAUUCCUCAUCGCGGCUCGUCUCGGGAGGGAUCGCCUGCGCGACCAGAGCUCGUUGGUCCGAAAGGAGGCCAUCAAGCUCCUGUCGACGCUCCUCGAGUAUAAUCCCUACAACAGCACCCUGGACCUCAAGAUCAACCAGGCCAGGUGGAAGCAAGCGGAGGCCGAGCUCCGCGCCAUGAGUCCCGCCCAGAGGGACGGCGAGGGCGCCGAGGGCGAGGGCGACCAGCAGCCGGAGGCCGACCAAGCAGGGUCCGAGGGUGAUGGUAAGAGCGACGCCGGGAGCGAUGAGGAGGGCGAUAACGACCUCGAGGAGGAGGAAGAGGAGGGUGAGGUGGGUUCGGAGAACGAGGACGAAGCCGAGGGUGGAGGGAAAGACCAAGAGGAAGGGGCAGAGGAGGGGAAGAAGGAGGCGGAAGAGGCGGAGGACGGGGUUGAUGGCAACGACGAUGGAGAGCAGGACGGCGGCGAGGAGUUGACGAAGGAGCAGGUGGAAGUCGCCAUGAAGGCGGCCCAGUGCCACCACCUGAGGGCAGGGGUGCUGUUCAUCGAGGAGUUUCAAUCGGCGGGUUCUACCCUCGAGGGUCUUCUUGGCAGCACGACAGUCACCGACGUGGUGGAGACGCUCAGGUACUUGGUUACGGCCUGCCACUUCCAGCUCCCCGGCGCUCUCGAGGCUAUCAAGGAGUCCCUUACGCUCGUCUGGCGCACGGAGCCUGCGAUCGAGACCGCUAUCAAGAACGCCUUUGUGCAGGUGUUCGUCCAACCCGAAUCAAACGACGGGGAGGAUGAUUCGCCCCCGCCCGCCGGGGGUGCGAACGCGGCGCAAUUCGUCGCCAAGAACCUGGUGAACCUGGUGAACGAGAGCAAGGCCGGCGAGCUGGCCAGCCUGGAAGAGGUGGUGGCCUCCCUGGUGAAGGACAGCCUGGCCGCGUUGAAGGAGAACAAGACCGCGGUACUCGACCCGGAGGCAAGGCGGAGGGCGGGGGGGUUGGGGCGAAAAGACCAGCCGCCCAAGGCUCGCGCGGGCGCGCUCCACGCCAUCGCCAUGGGCUCCUCCGCCAACCCUACCCUCGUGAACGACCUCUCGAGGCUGGAGGUGAUCCGCGAGACUGCCCUCGGCCGCGCCACGAUGGAGUCGAGGGACUGGCGCACGGUCCGGUGUUCUUGCAUCGCGUUGCUGAGGUGUGACCCCGGCGUGGUCCUCAAGAGCAAGGAGGUGGACCUAAUCCUGCCCAGGCUCAUCUAUUUCUUGCAGGGAAAGUGGUGCGUCGCGGUGACGGAAGAAACGAGCAACAAAGAUCGCGCUGCGGCCGACGCGGAGAUGAAGAGCUGGUUCGCCGCUGCAGAGCAGGCCAUCGCUGUCUUGUUCCAUCUCAACCGUGCCCCCGAGGCUCUGGGAGCGGCCAUUGUCCGCCGCAUCGCCGCGGAUACCCUGUCCUCGGAUUCGGCGUCGCCCCAUGCGCUCGCCAGGCUGUGCUUCGUGCUGGGACACCUCGCGCUGAAGCUUCUCGUCUACUCGGAGGAUCUCGCGGGCAACCUGGAGAGGGCGAGGGCAAAGGUCAAGCCCCCGACGAAGGAGAAGAGCGGUGGUGGUGACUCGAGCGACGACGACGAUGCCACCGCCCAAGAGCUGGGCCUGAACGCCGAGGCGUCUGCCGAGGACGAGCAGCGCCUUACCGAGCUCGUGGAGAAGGAGAUCGUCGGGCGCAACCUACUCGGAGCGUUCGGGCCGUUGCUCGUGCGGCUCGUGGCCGACGAGGGCGGUUGCUUCGGGCACCCGCUCCUCCGGGAGUCUUCCGUGCUGGCCCUGAGCAAGUUCAUGUGCAUCAGCGAGGCCUUCUGCGAGCGGAACCUCAGCCUCCUGUUCACCACGCUGGAGAGGUCAAAGGACACAGCGGUGCGGGCAAACAUCAUCGUGGCGCUCGGAGACCUUGCUUUCCGAUUCCCCAACGCUCUCGAGCCAUGGAACCCUCACAUUUACAACCGGCUCAAGGACGACAGCCCGGGCGUGCGCGCUAACGCCAUCAUGGUCCUGACCCACCUUAUCCUCAACGAUAUGGUGAAGGUGAAGGGACAAGUCAGCGGGCUGGCGGUGUGUAUGGUGGACGAGGAACCGAGGAUCCAAGACGCGGCUAAGGUUUUCUUCAACAAGUACUCCGAGCGCGGAACCAACCCCGUGUACAACGUCCUGCCCGACAUCGUAGGCCGCCUCAGCGUCGACGACACGUUAGACCCUCACGAGUACCAAGAGAUCAUGGACUUCUUGAUGCAGUACGUGAAGAAGGACAAGCUCACGGAGCUCCUCGCCGAGAAGCUGUGCGCCCGGCUGGCCGCCAGUGAGACGGAUCGUCAGGCCCGGGCCGUGUCGUACUGCCUCGGGCAACUCAAGGUGACCGAGAAGGCGGUGAGCCGACUGGCGGAGCUGGUGCCCACGUACAAGGAGAAGCUGCAGGACGACGAGGUGUUCAACAACUUCAAGACGGUGGUGUUGAGGACCAAGAGCUUCGCGACCCUCGAGAUGAAGGAAGCGGUCGCCGAGUGGGAGGCGCAGCUCCGCAAGUACCACGAGGGCGGGGCCGAGGACGAGGACGCCGCGGCGCGGGCAACACGCGCCGCCGGACGCAAGCGGUCCCGUGGCGGCAAGCGUUCGUCGGUUGCAUCUUUAUCGAGCGGUGGUGGCGGCGGCAGUCGUACGGGAGGGCGAAGGAAGGAAGCGGCGUCGGACUCCGAGGGUCCCAUCAAAGGGACCGAGUCGAACACUAAGGCAGCAAUACAAGCCGGCUCUACCCGUCGCAAGGGAAAGACGCGGCAGAGGAAGGCGGCACCGGUCCUCAGUAGCGACUCGGAGUCGGACGAGGAGGAGGUAGUCGAAGGUGACGACGGGGACUCCUCGGCGGAGGAGAGUGACGACAACAACGAAGAGGAAGAGGAGGAGAACGAGGUCGAGGAGCAAAGCCGGGCCAAGAAGGCGAGCGCUCGCGAUCGAGACAAGGUGAAGGGCGCCAGUGGAAGAGGCAUGGCGGCAGCAGUGGAGGAGCAAGAGGAAGAGGAAGAGGAAGACAUAUGGGGGAGCGAGGAGGAAGUCUUCGAGAAGACACCACCCAAGCGAGGAGUCUCGAAGAACGGCGACAAGAGCCGCGCCAGCAAGGAGAAUCGUGCGGAGGGCGGCAAGGCCAGUGGUCGGGGGUCGACAAGGUCGAGGAACGCCAGCCCUCUAACCUCCAAGAACUGAUCGGUGUUCUGCUUUCACGCGAUCGCAGUCCGCUACUGCUGUAAUUGUGGUAUAUUGGAGGCUGCGCGCUCGCUCUUCCCCUGUUGAAUUGCAUAGGACGGGCUUUGGGGGUAUUUCUGUUGCUGCCCAUUCGUAAAAGCAGAAGCAGGGCAUUAUACGAUACUGUUGAUAGUGGAUGGGAAGAUAUAGGAUGAUACUAUUGCUUUCGUGAACGUGAACUUUCGAGUCGAGCGGGCCGAGGAAGUUGAGCCACCAUGCGCGUCAUCAACUCUGGGUUCGACAUUUGACUAUGAAGUUUUGAGCACUUCGAUUGACAUUUUCCGAGGCGUGUUGAAAACCGGAAGCACGCGCUGGCUUGGUGGCAGCGCGUCCUCCUCUGGGAAUCUUCUUCAACGGGUGGGUCUAUUUUUAACCGCAAAAGCAUAUCGGGACAGGGGGGGGUUGAGGGGGGUAACGAGAAACACGCAGCGGGUGUAAGUAGAGCAUACGGCACGCAGAACACCGCGCUGUCAUAUCGCCGAAGGGUUCGAGCACAAGAGUCACCAUUACGAGGGAAGCUACAACCGCUGGAAAAGUUUUUUGGGAGGGUCACGCCGCUCCUCAUUUGGAUCUUGUGAGUUAAUCAAGAAGGAUCGGGUGAAGCCCAGCGGAGAAAGAUCUUUCACCGGUUGUGUUUCUGAACAUGUGGCACUCGUUUACGUCUUGAUUGAUUUAGGGCGACCCGUAAAGGGCGGUGACAGUUGUAGUCACGUGCGUACGAGUCCAGUAUUUUGACGAUGUGGAGAACCAGAGGAUGAAUGAACAUCGGCCGUUGUACUAGCGACGAGUGGCGGAACGUAGUCGACACGUAGAUCAAUGUGCCCGUUGUACAUGUGUGACCACCAUAACACAAGCAGUCAACGUGACCAUGAUUGUCUCGGGGAGGCGUUUGGGACAAUGGGCGCCUGUACCGUCGGGGUCAAGGGUUUUAGGCUGGCAGGCAAGUACUUGUAUUGUUCGUAAACCCGAAGGGUGCGGAACAGUGGAGGUCACUCUCCUUUUCUUAGCCUUGCGACGUGUUUCGACGACUCCUCCCUCUCUUCCAACCCGACGGGAGAAGCUGAUGAGAGGAAGCGAAAACUCGACAGACAGAAAGACGGCCGUUGCCUUGUAGCCAAAUAGCGGCACGGCCGUGCGCGUCGUCGUGACCUUCAAGCCUUGAGCUUCCGUUUCUUGCAUCGCUGACGAGUAGCGGCAAGCCAUUGGCUUCAAGUCAAGGUCGGAAUCAUUGGCCAGAUGCAGAUCGCCGAGGGCGCUUACGCUCUUACUGCUGUAGGGGCCGACUCGUCGGUCAUCCUUGUCGAAAGGUUCCCCAACGCUUGAAGCGCAACGUGGCCUAUAGGCCAGUGACGAUGUCAGAGGUAUCGGGCUUUUUCUAUUGAGAAUACUGAACGAAAAACACCGUCCAGGCGUUUCCCUGGUUUGAGGCGAUCCGGGAUACGCUAAAUAAAGCAAUAAGCACCAAAAUUGGCAGCCCUUCUAACGAUAAGCUUUCUGAACGAACGUGAAACAUGAGAGAGGCCGAAGCGUAUGCUGGCGAAUCUACCCGUAGUGUGGUGGUCAGAGGGCUCCAUAGUAGCAUCCUUAAAUUGACACCAAAAAAACUGUUUGAUAUUCUUGGCGAAGACGACACGAUACAAAUGUACCAAGCAACGGCAGAGAAGCCCAUCGCCAACGCGCGAGCAAGAGAAAGUCAGUGUCGCCACGAUAGCCCCUCGAACCGAGGUAUGUGCAUUUCGCGGGUCAUUAUGACCACCCUUGCUUGGCUGCGUCGACUACAGAGUUACGGCUUCCUUUCUCUUGAAUGAUGCAAUUUUCUGAGGCGUUUCCACAACACACGCUUGUCAGCGAGAGAAAAUACUCGCAUCUCUCUGGUGUGUGCUCUGUCUCGACACUGACGUUGUCGAACAGUGAGAGCUCUUACAGCGUCCUUAAUCACGCGUGCUUUUCUUUUGUUGUGGUCAACGGCGAGAAUGAUCGGUGCCAAGGGACAGGAGCCUGCCCCUUCUUCCACCCGAAGCGCACAAGCGACAUAGCGGGCUACUGCUGCAUCAUUAACGGCUUGGGCUAUCGCUCAACCCUUGCCCGUUUGAUUGGUAGGGGGCAGUCGGGUCCUGCCACAACAGCAGCAGCAGUGGCAGCUGCAGCUCCCUCGACCCCUGUCGUUGGUCUCCGACCAGCACCAACCGUGACAACACCGGAGCCACCGCUCCCCUCGUCGGGAGGAGCUUGCGGGAGAGAACCUGCGGCGGAGCGACCCUCCGACGAACUCUCGCAGGCAGCAAUUGCUGCUGCCGUUGUGGUGCCCGUUCGCCUCUCUCCGCCGCUUGAAUGUUCAGGAGGGGCCGCCGUGGCCGACCCGUGGAACGCGGAGAAGCUCUGCCAGCCUUUACGCGGACCGGCUUUCUCGAUGUUCGUCUUCCGCCUGUAGUGGUGAAGGUGGCACGCAAACAUCUUUUCCUGCGAUUCCUGCUGCUGGCGGCUGCGAUCCCCUGCGCUGGUGCCCCCCUCCCCGGCCCCGUGGCCGCGUCUUCCUUUCCCGGCCAAGCCACCACCAAGGCGCCGGUUCUUUUCGCCGUCUCUAGUUGCCUCCCGGAAGGGCUGAUACUUGACCUUACAUACAGGCACCGCGAUCUGUUCUUUGCCCCGGGCCCCGGAUCCCCAUCUUGCGGAUGCCUCCAGCGUGGCUCUCGCCUGAGGCCCGGUCGAGGCUGAGGAGAGGUAGAGAGCCCCGCCAUAAAGAUCCCCAUUUGCGGUGGGAAACCCACAAACAAAGCCUUCCGGACAGGUUGGGAUCGCGGAAGCCUUGACAGUGUAUCAGUCUG